CGUUGCCAAACUGCUCAGCAUGGCUUGUAAUUAUAGACGGCUGUGGCCAAGAGCUAUGGUGUGUUUCUGUGGUUUAACCGAGUUUAACAUUUGAAAGGUGUGAGCGGAGCGAGCUUUUUUAUACCCUUACCCUACCCAUAAUUAUGCUAAUUGCAUGAUUCGCUUACAUUCUAAGGGGUAAAACCGAUCCUUUGAUUUCUUGACAUGGUCUCAACUAGAGGAGGAAUAAAACUGAAAUUUUACGAAGGCGAAAGAGUACUUUGUUAUGAACCUGAUCCAACUAAAGCCAAAGUGUUAUACGAUUCUAAGGUUUUAGAUGUUGUCAUAACUAAAGAUAGUCGUGGUCGGAAAAAUGUGGAAUAUUUAAUACACUUUCAGGGUUGGAACUCGUCAUGGGACAGGUGUGUACGUGAAGAGUAUGUACUCAAAGAUACACCUGAAAAUCGACAAUUACAAAAAGAUUUAGCAGAAAAAUCACAACUUCACAUAGGUGCAUACUUGUAUCGAAAAGAAAGGAAGAAACUAAUUAGGAAAAGUAAUGAACCUAUUGCUCAUUCGUCAGAGGAUGGAAGUGUGGGCAGUCCAACACAAUUGGACACCGAUGAAUCCAGCCACAGUUCUGAGGAGGAUUCAUCAUUGGAGGAUGACAUGUUUCCUAUUGAACUGAGCCAAGAUUUAAAAGAAAUUUUAGAAAAUGAUUACGAAAACAUUAAUAAUCAAAAUAAGUUAAUGAAGCUACCUGCAGAACCAAACGUGGUAACAAUUUUGGAGAUGUAUUGGAAACAUUAUGCCACAAGUCUGCUAUGUGGUUUAAAUGAUAAGCCACUUACUAGGCAUAGGAUACCAAGCAAAAUAAGACCCGAAGAUGUUCAGAAAAAUUUAAAUAUUUCACAAAAUGAACGCCAAAUUACUGUAUAG